CACACAAUACACAGACACAUGUACACACAGACACAUGUACACACAUACACACAAAGACACACACACAUACAUGUACAUACACGCAGACACAUGUACAAAUACACACAUGUACAUACACACGGACACAUGUACAUGCAUACACAGACACACACAAACACACACAUGUACACACACACACACCCUAUAAAAAAGUUGCAGUACUUCGUUGUUCACUCACAGAGCUGGGUACUGCACUCUAGGGGGAGGCAGAGAGCACAGCACACACUCCUUGCUUUGCUUUCACUGCACUCAGCUAUUGAGCAGUCUGACGGCUCCCAGUGCCAAUGACAGAUCCAGCCUGAGUUUCGAGCCUGCUCAGCAAGACGGCCCCGGGGGGACACACUCUCCCCCACCAUAAUUUCCACUCGCCAUUGGCGAGCAGGCGAGUGGAAAUUUCAAGGCCUGCUGUAA